AUGCUCACCACUCUCCGCCACACCCGCCCUGUAUCGCUGAAGACCCCGCUCCUCACCCAGCGUGCCGCGCUGGUGUCGGCCCGCGCAAUCCACCACAAUGCUGGCUUCUCGACAAAGUCCGCCUCGCGGACUGCGACCCUGUCGAUGAAGUCGGGCACAACCGUGCAGGAAUCAGUGCGCUACAGCUCUCAACAGCUGUCCGCCAUCACCGCCUCGGCAACGUCGCCCGCACCGGCAUCGCCUGCCCGGGCGCUCGAUGAUGCCCAGGAUGCCAUCGCGAAGCUCCCGACCGCAUCCCUGUUCCGCAACCUCCUGAUCCAGAACAUCUCCGCCUACCCCGUGAUCCUCUCCUUUCUCCUUUCCAUCCUCAAGCGUCACUCCGACUUCUUCGUCAAGGCACCCAUCUUCCGCCAUGUCAUCCAGUACUUUUUCUACGCCCACUACUGCGCCGGCGCGACCGGUCCCGAGAUCUCGCGCACGGUCCAGAGCCUGAGGCAAAUCGGCAUCAAGGGCGUUAUCCUGAACUACGCCAAGGAGGUUGACAUGCCCGGUGUCGCUGCCGAGGGCCAGCAGAAGGCUGCUGAAUCCCAGAAGCUCCACGAGCAACAGGUGGACCAAUGGCUCGACGGCACCCUGAAGACCAUCGAGUACGCGCCCGCGGGCGACUACGUUGCCAUCAAGUUCUCCGGCGCGGGUACCCGGGUUGUCGAGAUGCUCGAGCACGACCAGGAGAAGCCCGACGAGCUCUUCGGCUCCGCGCUCACCCGGGUCUGCGACCUGGCGCGCAACAAGGGCGUCAGGCUCCUCGUCGACGCGGAGCACCAGUGCCAGCAGGCCGCCAUCGACCGGUGGACGAUGGAGCUGAUGCAGCGCUACAACCGCGGCGACAGCAUGGUCCUCUACAACACGUACCAGAUGUACCUCAAGGCCUCGACCGCCGUGCUCGACGGCCACCUCGGCCGCGCCGCCGCCGAGGGCUUCAACUUCGGCGCCAAGCUGGUGCGCGGCGCCUACCUGGGCAGCGACCCGCGCCACCUCAUCCACGACACCAAGGCCGCGACCGACGCCGCCUACGACGCCGCCGCCGAGAAGCUGGCGACGUACCACCUCGCCUCGCCGCGCCCCAGCAUCCGCGUCGGCAUCGUCCUGGGCUCGCACAACGCCGCCUCGCUGCGCAAGAUCCGCGCCAUCCGCCACCAGCAGGCGCAGGCCGGCCAGCCCAUCGCCGACGUCGUCUACAGCCAGCUCAUGGGCAUGGCCGACGAGCUGUCGCUGUCGCUGACCACUGCGGACAAGGAGUUCGACCUCAAGGAGGGCGACUGCGACGUCUACAAGUACGUCACCUGGGGCACCAUGCAGGAGUGCAUCCUGUACCUGGUGCGCCGCGCCGAGGAGAACCGCGACGCCGUCGCCAGCGCGAGGGACUCGAGGGGCCUCUUCUGGCGCGAGAUGAAGAGGCGCAUGGGCCUCGCGGGCUGA